GAGUCCAAAACGCGCAUCAUGGGUUACCCAGUAAGGGACCUCCAACCCGGGACUCUGUACCUGACCAUUUCCACCUCCCACACGCCGGAGCGCGACACGGGCAACGUCCACGACUACCACUCAUACCCCCCUAACACCCUCGACCCGACCAUCUACGAGACAUCGUGCGCCCAGGGAUACGGCAACGAAGAGUUCCAGUGGGGGCUCUACUGGCACCGCGGCCUCGGCGAUGGGACGUGGUUCAUGCUCCACCGCUUGCUCUUCAUCCCGCCUGGCGGAAUCCCCGGCGUCACACAUCCAAUGUACAUCCUCGACCAGCAGGAAAUGUCACAGUCUCCGCGGCUUUUCGCCCACGUUAUCGGUCUCGUUCGCGUUCUCCGGGUCCCAGAAGCACUCGCUACCGACCUGACAUCCUACCUCAACUGGCUGGCGCCACAGGCCGCCAUGCAGGCCCACCGCAGUUUUAUGUGGGCGUCGUCGGUAUAUCUUCGAACGCGACGGCACGUGGCCAAGAUGCAAGGAGCAGUUGACCGCGGGGCGGAGGGCUUCGACAUCACGGUGUUAUUGUACGAGGCGCUCAACUUUGCGUACGGAGAGGUUUGGUACGGGCUGUCUCGACAGUUGCCUCGGCCGAUCAUGGCAUCGGAUGCUGGGCUCGCGAUGGUCUCCGGAGAGGACAGAGAGUCGGACCGGGAUCGAGGGAAGGACGCAUCGUUAGUUGCGGUCAAUUGA